GUUAAAGUUGCAAUAAAAUUAUUUAUAUAUCCAUUACAUUACUAAAAUAAUUUAAAAGCUAACAUUUGUAUCGUUGGACUGCCGUUCCAUAAAAAGACAACCUAGUGGUUUGUUUGAGCGGAUCAUGGAUGCCUGCAGGCCCGGCCCAGCUCUGAAAUGCUUGCCAAAUAAGCAAAUACUCAAAAGCAGUUUGGUGAAACAGGACUUGGACGUAUCUUAUCAGAGACCACAUUUGCAAUGGAUCCCUUCCCGUUUGCAUUUAAUUUGCGUUCCGACUCUUGACUUCAUUGGAAGAACUUUUUGUCCUUAAUUCAUAAGAUGGUGAUCAGUGUCGGAUUCAGAAAAGAGCUGUCCCACUCUGAUGAAAUGUACGCUGGGUAUUUUAAUCAGCAGGAAGUGAUCUUUAAUUUGUUUUUGUCACCAGCUGACUGACUCAAGUGGUUAGUGGGAAAAUGUAAUCCUUUGUAAUACUUUGUUUUCGAUUUUUAAUUUUAAAGAACUUUACUGAUCCUCCUGAUUUGUGUAAAUGACAGAAGUACUUCUUUCAACAGUGUCUAUAGUGAUGUUACAUCCACUUCUGCUGUUCUCUUUGACUUGUGUGAUGAUGAGAGACCAGGGUGGAAGCUUUUCCGUGUUGCUUUAAUGGCAACUAACCUUCAUUUGCUGCCAUCUGGUUAAUGACAAUGACUCGCUCUGUUCCUGGUUACACCUCUCAGUGUGUGUGUGUGUGCGUGUGUGGGAAUCAUGAUGGAAUAUGAUCUAAAAGAGAGAAAAGGAGAGGUUGGGUGUGGGUUGUCCUUGCAGUUACACAGGUGUGUAGGUUGCUUGUUAAGGUCUUGUCAGUGCGCUCUCUGUAUGACACAUUUUGAGUAGGCUGUACAAAUGGGAUCCGGCAAGGUAGAUGGUAACAUGGAGGGAUACAGGCACUGUUUCCAGAGAUUAUCCUACUUGCUGGUAUGAUUAUCUAUCUGACAUUUACUCUGUGGCACAAAGAGUGUCUCUUUUGAGAAGUCAGCAUGGCUUUUCAUGUGGAAAGAAAUCUCAAAUUUUAAAACAUCUUUUUUUCACAGAAAAUUGAUAUUAACUCACAACUCAGAAGUCCCUGAAUCCAUUUUAAGGGGCUUAGAUGGCUUGGCCACUAAUCUCUGCAGGAUGCACUAAAUAUCCUAAAGUAUGUGAUCAGCAAAUAAGGUAGUCAAAUAAACGCUAUGGGCAGCACAAUGCACUCCCAAUCCACUACAUCUGAAGACACUAGUGGAUUAUCAUGCAAUAGUUCAUUAUAACAGAACAUUUCAUUGCACUAUAUGGGAUUUCUGGAUCUUUUAAUGCCAUGGUUUUCUUUCCGUGCACAUAUGCAGCCAUUGGUGUUUGAACAUGAAGUUCACAGCAGCUUAUAUUAAGUAGACCACUGAAACGUCAAGAUUAAUAAAAUAUAGAGUGAACUGAACUAUGCAUUAAAAUUCAUAUUCACUUCCCUGUUCAUGAUUAGUCAUUGUGAAAUGUGUCCUCUUUCUGUCCUAUUGGGGUUACCAUGUUCUAAUAUCCAGAUGUGACCUCUGUGGCUCAAACAAAACUUUUGGUUUUCCACCACUUUUUUUUAACAAACAUUAACAAACAACAUUGUUGAUGUGGAGUGAAAGUCUCAAGAAAUAAACAAUGACCACGCAAAGAAACAAAGAAAAAAACUCUUCUCUAAAUGUGAGCUUUGGCAUCAUUUGAAAAUGGGAAUGGCUCUGGUCACAAAAUGAGAGGCGAGUUGAAAACCAGAAGCCACAUUUAGGAGGUUAUUUACUUGGAAAUCCCUCAGAUGUCAGAACAGCUGUUGUAGACUUUCUUUAAAGGGAUCUAAGUUUUACAGGAAAGGGGAGUAGCCUGCAGCGCUCCGUGUUUCCGUUGAAGAUCUCAAACUCUUCUUGAUUCCACCAGCCGACACCGUUCUUCGUACUUAGUGCUGCUUUAGUAACUUGUUGCCAUGGCGUCAAAUGCCAGCCACAUGUUGGAGUCUGCCUUGGAACAAAUGGAUGACAUUAUUGCUGGUAAGAGUUUCUGUUUUACUAUCAGAGCUUCAAAAGAAUGCACACAUAGUAGUUUAAUGCUUUUUUAAAUAAAAUUGGCUCCACAGAAUUCUUUUUUAAGGAUUUUAAAACGAUCAAGAAUGAUCUAAAAACAAGAGAAAGACAAUAAUUAGUAAGGCAUUUGUCUACUAGAAUGAGGGAUUAUUUGUGUCCAUUGGAGAGGUUUGAGUGGAAAAAAUUAAUACUUGAUACAUUUCUGUAUUUUUUCUUCUCUGUAUUCUUAGCUUAAUUCAAUGUUUGUAUUUUGUAAUGCUUCUCCUCUGGAUUUUACAUCUCAGUGUUCACUUACUGAAGUUACUUCCGAGGGAUUUCCCUUUCAAGCAGAAGUGCAUUUAAGUCUCAAACUCAACAGUGUGAUGGUGUACAACAAAGUUCUAUUAAUAGAGGUGACAGUGCAACCCAUGAGGACACUCAGAAAUCACAUGACCAACAAUCACACAUUGUCAACUGAAAUUACCUACGUUACAAAACAAUGUAUUUGUCCACAUUGUGUGCUCUCUCCUCUACCGUAGCUUUAAUUUUAGUUCGGACUGCAUAUAUGAAACGUUCUUUUUGCAAUUUAGACAGGAUGAUUACAGUAACCUUCAAGUUGAACCUAUCAUUUUUGGUUUCAGAACCCACAGUGUUCAGCCAUUUGACGGUCCAGUGAGCUAAAUCGGUGUACAACAGCAACCUCCAGAGGCCAUUUCAGACAUUGUCCAUAUUUUACUGCAUUUUCCUCUGAAUCCAUUGUACACUCUGUACUGACGCCCAAUAAAUGAAGAUGCUGUAAUAACAUGUUCUCAGUUCCUGUUGUAUGAUUUCCUGUUGUUGUUUCCUCUAGGCAAAAUGGGUGAGGGGCUGUUCAGUGCUCUAAUGCGGUUUGGUGGCCAGGAGUGCAAAGCCUCAGAGUAUACAUCACCUUUGACCCCUGCCCCCCCCAAGGACCCAGCCCUCAGGGCUCUUCAACUGACAGAGGCCCUCAGGGUAGUGCUGCAGGGGGAGGAAGAACACGUUUGUCUCAGGAAACAAGUCUCCACCGAUUCAGCACACGUGAUACUUAAAUGGCUGGAGAGAGAUGUGGUAAACCUCCAACCGUCUGGCAACAGUGAGUCUUACCAGGAGCGGUUAUCACGCCUCGAGGAAGACAAAGAAUCUCUAAUCCUUCAGGUGAGUGUGCUGACAGACCAGGUGGAAGCUCAGUGGGCCAAGAUCAGCGAUCUACAGAGUUCUCUGGUGGAGCAUCAGCAAAAACUCAACUCCACAGAGGAGAUGCUACAGCAGGAGCUCCUGCAUAGGACGUCACUGGAGAACCAGAAGCAGAAUCUUUUGGGGGAGGCGUCCUACCUUAAACUGAAGCUGGCAGACAUGGAGGGAAAGCAGGGCCAUGGGGCUGAAAGGCAACACAAAGCAGAGACUGUAGUGAAUUUCAUUAGUGAGCUGCAGGAGCAGAUGUGUAGGUUUCAAAGGGAGAUCAAUAGCAAGAUCCAGGAGAAAAAGGUAUUGGAGUUGGAGGUCCCAGCUGACAGCAGCUCCCCGGUGGUGUGUUCCACUGAGUCCACUGUAGCGGGCGAGGGCUCACACUGCUGGCUGUCCUCAGAGGGGGUUCCUGAACGGCCCGACGAGAAGACACGUGGAAACGGCCUGCAAGAGGCUAGCUCAGAGGAAAAUCCGCUGUACGGCUGCAGAGAGGAAAGUGGCUUACUGAAGGAGCUCAGGAUUCUCAAGGACAAAGUGGAACAUCUGGAGGACCAGAAGUUACAGUAUGAGAGACAACUCAUAGCAACAAAGGCAGAGAUCAGCAGCCUUCAGCAGCUUCUGCUCAGCAAGAACACAGAGAUCGAGAGUUUGCACACACAGCUGCUGGCGAGACCCUCUCAAUCCACCGAGAGCCCGGAGAGAGAUCAGGAGAUGCAGAGGCUUAGGAGUGGAAUGAAAUCACUGGUAGCUGCCAAUGAUGAAAAGGACCGGCAAAUUGAAGAACUCACUCUGCUCCUGAAUCAGUGCAAGCAAUUCAGAGACGUCCCUCACACAGCAAGACGAGCUCCACCUGCUGUUCGCUCACUGUCAAAUGGCCGGACUUUGUCAAGCAGCAGUGAGGAAGAAGAGAACACAGUGACGAAGAAUACUGACUCCACCAGUGCAAAAUCUGUGGAUGUAAAGUCGGAAGUUUCCACAAGCAGCUCUUCCUCCCAACCAACAUCAACCUCAUCAGCACAGAAGGACAGUGAAUCCAGAACAGAUCCUCAGACUUCAUCAAGCAGCACAAAUGACCUCACAAUUGGACCUUUCCAAAAGAGUGCUGUGGAAGAACCUAGAAGUCAGAAGCAGAUUGUGAAUUCCUCUCCGUCAGAGCAGAAUUUAAGCGAAGGCAGCAGCAGUGAAAUCCAGAGUCAAAGGUCCCCAGAUGGCAGCGAAGAUGGAGACUCCAGCAAAAGAAAGUUGGAGAAAGAUGAUGACAGCCCCUCACGAGACAAUUCCCCUGUUCCUUCUGGAGCGAACACACAGCCGCUCCAAAGAGCUGUGGGCUCACCAGAAUACAUGAAGAAUAACAGAAGCUUCAAGAGACUCUGGGGGAAACUUCGAAGAACCCAGUCUGGAGGGCUCCAGGCAGUGGAUCCAGAUGUGAGUCAGUUUAGAAGAGGGGGACUACGGUCGACAGCAGGACCCAGACUGACCAGGACCCCUGAAUCUUAUGACUGUUCACGUGAUCUGAACGUUCCAUUCCGCCAGUGGACCAAAGAGCAGGUAUGCGGCUGGCUAGAGGACUAUGGACUGGGCCAGUAUGUCAAUCUCACCAGGCAGUGGGUUGAAAACGGACAGACGCUGCUGUCUGCCACACCUCAGGACUUUGAGAAGGAAAUGGGUAUGAAGAACCCACUGCACAGGAAGAAGCUGCAGCUCGCUCUAAAGGCAUUCCCCACCAAAGACAUAGAGAAAUCGUCACAACUGGACUACAUCUGGGUCACCCGCUGGUUGGAUGACAUUGGUUUGCCUCAGUAUAAAGACCACUUCCACGAGGCCCGAGUGGACGGUCGAAUGAUACAAUACCUCACAGUGAAUGACCUCUUGACCCUGAAGGUCACCAGUCAGCUUCAUCACCUCAGUAUUAAAUGUGCCAUCCACGUUCUUCAUGCCAACAAAUUCAACCCCAAUUGUCUCAGACGUCGGCCAGGGGAAGAGAAACAGCCCUCCCCCUCAGAGGUGGUGCAGUGGUCUAAUCACCGCGUCAUGGAGUGGCUCAGAGCGGUCGACCUGGCCGAGUUUGCUCCCAAUCUACGGGGCAGCGGCGUCCACGGUGGGCUGAUUAUCCUGGAGCCUCGCUUCAGCUCAGAGACUUUGGCGCUACUUUUAAACAUACCUCCUCAGAAAACUUUGCUCCGCCGCCACCUCGCCACCGCGUUCUCUGCCCUGGUGGGGCAUCAGGCCACGCAGGAGAAGCGAGAGUAUGGCAACGCCACGGGCCACGUGCCCCUGACUACCACGGCAAAAGUAAAGCCAAAGAAGCUGGGCUUCACGCAAUUCAGUCAUCUCAGAAAGAGGAAACCCGAUGAAUGUGCGGACUACAUCUGUCCCAUGGACAGUGGAGCGGUGACGCUCAAUGGGGUUUCUCGCCUGCCCUCUGCAGCACUUCGCGGCCGAAGCCCCGCCUUGGACCGACAGGCUACGACGCGGGAUCAAGUCGGGAUAACGGCUCAGGAUAAUGGCCCAAAACUAUGAUUUACAAUAAAACACACUCUUGUGAAUAAUUUGUAUUUCUGGUACAGAAAUGUUCCUACGGUGUAUUAAUGUGGUAAAUGAAUGGAUGUGCUAUAAAGAUGCUGCUGAUUGUUAAGGUAUUUGUAACCAGAUGCUGCUCUCUGCAUUCCCUACACAGUUGGAUUCCAAAGAUUAUAGUUUUGCUUCAACAACAGCAAUUUGUAUCCAAACGACAUUUUUCUUUUAUCUUGAUUCACUGCAAAGUAUAAUAAUUUACCAAAGUGUCAUUCAUUCGUCUUUUGUGUAACAAAAAAGGAAUUUAAAAAUGUUUCAAUUCUGCACCUUUGAAUAAGGUUUGUUUGAUCUCAAUUGAUCUUGAUACUCAAUAUUGUGAAUGUGCAGUAAUUUGAUCAAAAACAAAGUCAAUAGUUUGUAUUUUUUGAAGCCAAGUGCUUUUGCAGCCUUUUGGUACCUAAAUACUACCGUCAGCUUGAUUAUAUUUACAUGUAUGGUCAGUUGUGGCUUAUUGUAGGUAUGGGAGUAACACAAUAAGCCAGUGUCAAAUUUGUUAUUCCAAAAAAGAUCACUUCCUGAUGAUGGAUUUUAGGACGCUGAAUGGAGCAGAAGAUCCGAGACUGCCAGCUACUGGUCAAAAUCUGAAAAAGCAAGAAUGAUUUCACCAGUAUAUUGUUUAGUUUUUCCAGUGUAGCUUGAACGUGGCCUUAAUAGAGACUUUAAUGUAGCUGACAAGACUGGAAAAAAACUGUUCUUAUUUUAUUGUUGAGUUAAUGAAAAUAAAUAAGUCUAAAAAUCAAUUGUCUUAUUGUUGGUGAACAUUAACAGCUGUAAUUUAAAUUAGGUUUGUUUUCAAAAAGUUGAAAGGUUAGAGAUUAUCACAAUUAGAUUAUUCUCUGAUUAUAUGGAGAUACUUUCAGUCAGUUGACAAAUGUUUAAUUUUUUUAGUUGAAAGUAUAUUACAUUUUUCAUCACCAAGAAUAUCAACACCAGUCGCAUUGUUUUUUUAUUUAUCUUGUAAGUCUCUUUGUUUGUCAUCAAAGCACAAUGUGACCAUUGAGCCACCAACUUUACUGGGCACCGAAUGAAGACGGUUUUGAGUAAUUUGCCGGGUGUUUAUGUCUGUGGAAAGAUUUUGUCAACGUAUCAAAACAGUGAAAGAUGCCUUCACAGUUACAGCAUAGCCGGGUGUGUCCUAACAGGGGCACCUUACUUUAUGCUGUGGCCCGAUAGCGUUGCUAUUGGUGUGAUCCCCUGGCGAUAUGGUCUCUAAUUUUAACUGAUUUGAACAGUUUGACUAUAUAUGCAAGAUCAGAAUGCAAAGUGAUAGCAUGUUCUGCAUGCUUUUUGUUCAUUCGAGAAUCUAUUUUCUGAAAAUGUAACUUGUUGACCUUACCUAAGCGACCUGUUGUGCUGGAUAGCAUUUUGGGGAUUUCAAAAUAGAGGCUUUUCCUCAUGAGUAAGCUCCAAACAGAUAAUAAACAUUGAACACGAUCAACUUGA